UGUUGUGUAAUACUCAUGCUUAUUUUUCACAAUAUACAUAAACACACACGGUUUUAUCAGCCAUAUAUAUGAAAAGGAGCUAUAGGAAUCAUAGAAAAGCUGAAAAGUUGUUGAUGAGUAGUGGCUGAAAAAACAUAAUCUCUGUUCUGAACUUUACGUUCUUUCCAAGAUAUAAUCCUGAAUCUAAUCAAGAUUGGAGACUUCAGACACAAGAAUACUUAAUCUUACACCAGAGGACAGAUGGCUCCCUAAGGAACCUCAGGGGCCACGGAGAGGACACAGAGCGAAAGUAUGCGUCAUUUCACAGCCAACUGGGACUAAAUCUCUGAGGAUAUUCUAAAGAACACAUCCAAGAGGCCAAACAACACAUGUGAAGAAUGAGGCCACCGGCUGAAGUGUCCGUGUUUCUGCUGUCUCUAUUGGCUCCGUGUGUUUUAUACACCAUGAACAACAUCCCUGCACUUCAGGAACCGUUACCGAUCCUAGGAAUGGGAAUGGUUGUCCUGGGAUCAGUUCUCCUCCUCCUCCUCCUCACUGUGCGGCACAAGAAGAACCUGGACCCCUUAUUCUAUGUGUUUGCAGAGUUCUCCUUCACAUGCAUGGUGGGCCUCACCAAUGCGUUAGAGCAGGACGGCUUCAUCUCUGGCUUCAUGGCCUUCUACGUGAAGUCGGGUGAGCCUCACCUGAGCACCGCCUACGCUGUGAUGAUGUCAUACUGGGAAGGCAUCAUUCACUUCAUCCUCUUCCUCACCAUCAUCCAUCGCAUGUUCAAGGGGAAGUCCUAUCAUAGCUUGGGGCUGCUGUGGGUGGGAUCCUCCAUCGCACAUCAAAUAGUUCUGAUCCCAGGAGUGGUCAUAGGUAAAUUUGGGUCUAACAUCCGACCAGCUUUCUGGAGGAACGUGCCCUUCUUUCUGGUGCCUUUCUGGGCAGCGUCUGUACUCUUCAGCCGACCCAGAGAGAUGCCGAUCAUAACUGCAGAUAAGAUUGCAGCGGAGCAGAAGAAAGGCCUGUUGACUCGACCUGUCGACCUGCUUCUGUCACUUCUGUUACUGGGAGCAAUGGUUUUCUCUGUUUUCAGAGGCUUUGUGGUUCUGGAUUGUCCUUUAGAUGCCUGUUUCACCUACAUUUACCAGUAUGAGCCCUACCUCAAAGACCCGGUCAGCUUCCCCAGAGUUAUGAUGCUGAUGUAUUUAUUCUAUGCCCUGCCCCUGAUGACCGCCUUCAUCUAUGGACUGAAAACACCAGGCUGCAGCUGGAUGUUAGACUGGACAAUUUUCUUUGCAGGAGCCAUGGUUCAGGCCCAGUGGUGUCAUAUCGGAGCAUCUCUGCACUCCCGCACUCCCUUCACGUAUCGAGUCCCAACAGACAAAUGGUGGCCUGUUAUCACUCUCAAUGUGUUGCUCGCUGCUGUGCCGCCUCUGUUGGCCCUGCGCUGCUAUACCAACCCUGCUUAUUUUAUGAAACCUGUUCCCAAAGGACAGACCAGCAACGAGAAGAAGAAAAAGUAGACCACACACCAGGCAUGGACUAUCGAGGAAUACGUCACGCUAUGACAAGGCUAAUGUUUCCUGGGGAUUCUCUGUGGCACAGGAGCUGCAUUAAACACACAAUUUUUCAAAGUAAAACCCACAGGAAAUCUAAAAAAAAAAAAAAAAAAAAAAGUUGCUCUCUGACUCAACCAUUCAAAUCAUUCACCUUCCAUAGCACUCCCUGCAUGGACUAUUGGACCCUGAUAAGAAGGCUGCUGAUGGAGGUGAGGACUGGGAUCAGCUCACACAGUUUUCAGGUGACUCAUGCAGACACCCACUUUAGUACAUACCCAAACUAAGACUAUUGACCUGAAUCAUAGAGGUCAGUGGAACACUGCAAGGGAGUGACAGUCAUUAUAUUUUAUGUCUUUCUGUUGGAACUUUAAACCAAAAUCAACACCAGAACCAUCUCACAUCCAACUCAGUGAAAACUGUCCCAGCUUCCAUUAGUUAAAUUAAAAAACUGUGGA